AUGAAAGGCACGGGCGCCCAGCUCGGACAGUACCCCGCGGCAUGGCACAGCGCUUCUCUGCGUUCCGACCACCUGCGGGGGCUGCUGUCCAGCGUCGGCGAAGACGAGUUCUUCGAUGCCCUGGAAGCGGAGGUUGCGAGGCUCAACGGGCAGUUCCAGACUUGCGCGAAGUCUAUCAUUAGCGCCCACCACUCUCUGAAGCACGUCUUCAAACUGUGGAGCCCGUUCAACAAGAAAAAGGUGGAGAUUUCUGUGUGCUCUGGGGCGGAACACACGAAGGUGGAAGUCAAAACCAACACCAUAGCCUUCUAUGCUGGGGCUUACAUCAAAUUUGCAAAGGACAAUGCUGUUGCCAUAAGGUCUAUGAUAGAUGAGCACCACAAGCGCUACAGUGGUGAGAGGGGCCAGGACUAUCUGAAAGAACUAUGGCAGGACCAGUCUGGAAGGGCAUCCUUCCUGCACUCACCCCUGUUGGCAGAAUUGGCAGCGGUGGAGCUGGCAUGGACAGUGUCGAAUUCAUGUGCCUCUGACUCUGAAGAUUGCAGCAACGAGAGCAAGGAUGGCGAAGCAGACGACUCGGAUCUACAAUGCCCAAUCUGCCUGGACACAUUAUUCAAGCCCAUCGCGCUUGCUUGUGGACACGUGUUCUGCCAAAGCUGCCUGUUUGAGGCCUGUGGCCACGGGAGUCAGCUGGGCACUGCGCAGGCCAUACUCUCUUGCAUACCAUCUGCAACAAGAUGCCCAGAGUGUCGGAGCGACAACGUUGUUGCAGGGGCAAGGCAGCUGAAGGUGUUGUCAACAACGCUGCAGCAAAGGUUUCCUGAGUAUUGGUUCAUGAAGGAACAGGAGGAAAAAGACAACAAGACCGCCCUGCAGGCGCAGUCCUUCCAGCUCAAGGUGCAGAAGAUGCGGCAGGUUCUCACUACCCGGGCUAGGUUUCAUCCCUCCAUGCUCAUUUUGGACUAG